AUGGCUCGUGACAGGAGCAGAGAACGAAGCAGAAGUCGAGAUCGACGUCGACGAAGCCGUUCCAGGGAUCGUGAUCGCGAGCGUGGUGAUCGCAACCGUGACCGGGAUCGCCGUGAUAGAAGCCGCGAUCGAGACAGGAGAAAGCGCAGCCGUUCACAAGGAAAACGCUCGAGAAGCCGGAGUCCACACGACAAGCGCGUCUCAUUUACGGAAGAGCGUCGGGAUAGGGAUCGAGAGAAGGAGCCUGAAAAGAAGGAAGAGAAAAAGCGCAAGGAUAAGCCACGUGAGAGCAAGAAAGAACCGCUUGACUCCGAGGCCCUGGCGCAAGUUGACGAAGAAAUGUCGAAAAUGAUGGGAUUCGCAGGGUUCGACACGACAAAGAACAAAAAGGUGGAAGGCAACGAUGUGGGAGAGGCGAAGAUCAACAAGAAGCGCCGUUAUCGCCAGUACAUGAACCGGAAAGGAGGCUUCAACCGACCACUCGAAUACAUGGGC